GCAGCCUACUAUUGGAAGGUCUCGCGCGAAGGUCGUCGCGUCUAUAUGGAUUACUAUUAUAUGGAGCAUGGGAAGCAGAUCUAUGGUGUUCCAAUUGGCGGCAUUGGCGCCGGCAGCAUUGGACGAGGCUAUGCUGGGGAGUUCUGUCGCUUUCAGCUGCGUCCUGGGAUCUAUGAGUACAAUGUGGUGCAUGCUAAUCAAUUUAUAGUCACCAUCAAAGAUCACAAGGGAUGCACCAUUUUUCAAAGUUUGCUCUCAAAGUGCAGUAGCAAACAUAUGAGUGCUGAGGCUGAUGAGGCCAAUGCGCAAAAAACUAAAUGUCAACUGCCCAAUUGCAGUAGCCGACCGCGUCAUCCGCUCAACGCCUGGCACUCCAACAUCGAGGACUCGCGCUGCAGCUACACGGGACUCUAUCCGCGCGCUUGGACUGAAUACGAUCUAUCCCAUUAUGGCGUGCGUCUGGUUUGUCGCCAGAUAUCGCCAGUUAUACCGCAUGAUUACAAGGAGUCAAGCUUGCCAUGCGCUGUGUUUGUCUGGACGGCGCAGAAUGUUUGCGAUCAGGAACGCAAGGUGUCGAUAACGUUUACCUUUAAGAAUGGCACAGGUAAUAAGAAGCAGGAUGCUGAGGGUGGCGCCGAAUCGCAGCUUAUAAGUGAGGGUAAUGCCAAGGGCGUGGCCAUCAAGCAGAAGAUUGCCGACAUGCCUUGCAGCUAUAAUUUGGCCUGUCGCGUCUUGCCGGAGAUUAGCAUAACACGCUGUCCCCAGUUCGAUCCGGCUGGCAAUGGUGAAGCCUUGUGGGCUCAGCUCAAGGAACAUGGUCAGCUUACCGAGCAGCCCACUGCAGAGAACCUGAAAACCAAAGACAUUGGCGUGGCUGUCUGCGCUCAGUUGGCUUUGAAGCCACAAGCUUCCCAUGAGCUGGAGUUUGUGCUCGCCUGGGAUAUGCCAAAGAUACAGUUUCCACGCAAGCUGCAGAUGCACACACGCUACUAUACCAAAUACUUUGAUGACAGCGGCGAGUCCGGACCCAAGAUCUGUGAUUAUGCCUUGAAGCAUUAUGCCAGCUGGGAGCGACUAAUUGAAGCCUGGCAGCAGCCCAUCCUAAACGAUGACGGUCUACCUGAUUGGUAUAAGUGCGCUAUAUUCAAUCAGCUGUAUUUCAUUUCGGAUGGCGGCACCCUUUGGCUCAAGUGCAACUCCUCGCUGGGCAAGGAGCUGGAGUUUGACGAUCCGCGUUUGGCCUACGGACGAUUUGGCUAUUUGGAAGGCCACGAGUAUCGCAUGUAUAAUACCUAUGAUGUGCAUUUCUAUGCUUCGCCAGCUUUGGCACAUCUCUGGCCCAAUUUGCAAGUGAGCUUGCAGUUUGAUUUCAAGGAUGCCAUAGCCGCUGAGCUCACCGAUACACGUAAAAUGCUCUAUGACGGCAAAGUAAUGCCACGCAAGGUCAAGAACUGUGUGCCACACGAUCUGGGUGAUCCGGAUGAAGAGCCAUUUACACUCAUCAAUUGCUAUAAUAUACACGAUGUAAACGAUUGGAAGGAUCUCAAUACGAAAUUUGUGCUACAAGUCUAUAGAGACUACUAUGUGCUCAAUGAGCUGGCCCAGGCCCAAGCGGAUAAUGCUAGCAAAUUUAGCUCCAUUGAGUUCAUUGACAAGGAGAGCUUGUAUGAGCUAUAUGCGCAGGAUAACAAGCGCAAGAACUCAGCAGAUGAAAAGCGGCAGAAUCGCAAGUCUGCCUCGAUGUACAUCAAUGAAACCAAUGGCAAGGUUUAUCUGAUGGAUGGCAUUGGCUACUUGAAGGCCAUGUAUGCUGCCUGUAAAGCUAUUAUGGAGCGCACAAUUGAUUAUGACAAGGAUAAUGAUGGACUCAUUGAGAAUACCAAGAUGCCGGAUCAGACUUACGAUGCUUGGGUUAUGGACGGACCCAGCGCCUAUUGUGCGGGACUCUGGCUGGCUGCACUGCAAGCUAUGUCCGCUAUGGCUACUAUAUUGGAUCAGCCAAACGACUGUCUGCGCUAUCAGGAUAUUUUGGAAAAGGGCAAGCAUUCGCUGGAGGAGAAACUCUGGAAUGGCAGCUACUAUCGCUUUGACUUGUCGCACAAUCAUCGCGAUACAAUUAUGGCCGAUCAGCUGUGUGGUCAUUGGUAUUUAAAGUCCUGCGGCUUUGACUAUGACAUUUAUCCCAAGGAGAAUGUGCGCAGCGCGCUUAAGCGCAUCUACGACAACAAUGUUAUGGGGUUCCAUGAGGGCAACAUUGGUGCUGCCAAUGGCUUUAUAGCUCAUGCUAGCGAUGCUACCAAGCCUGGUCAUGUGGACAACAGCUGCAUACAGUCCGAGGAGGUGUGGCCUGGAGUUGUUUAUGCCCUAGCGGCCACAAUGAUACAUGAGGGCAUGUUGAAGAGGCUUUCCAAACCGCUGGCGGCAUGUACAAGACUCUUUCCGAGCGCAUUGGCAUGAACUUCGAGACACCCGAAGCUCUCUAUGGCGAGAAACGCUAUCGCUCGAUUGGCUACAUGCGUCCUCUUAGCAUUUGGUCCAUGCAGGUCG